AUGGCAACAGACGAUGAUGGAACUCCGAAUUGGUCGGAACUAGUCCCGGACAUCUUGUCAUUGGUCUUCAAGCACUUGAGCGUUACAGAUUUUGCUAGAGCUAAGACUGUUUGUUCGUCGUGGUACUCUGCUUCCAAAUCAUCCUCACCUAGACAAAACCAUACUCCGUGGUUGCUUCUCUACGAAGACACGCACUGGCUCUUGUUUAAUACGGAAGAAGCAAAGUUUUACAGAACGGGAUACUUUGGUCGGUUUGCCAAGUGUCGUGGCGUGGUCUUGGUCUUUGACAGGAAGUCAAUUUUUACAUCAUUAAUCCUUUUCACUCCAAAGCUCAUUCGCCUCCCACCUCUAGAUUCAAACCGCAUCGCUAAGUUCGUUCAACAGGAUGAAAUAGUGGACACUGCGGUUUUGUGGGUAGACGAAAAAACCAAAGACUACUUAGUUGCGUGGACAUAUUUUUGGGGUUCCUACAUAUGUUAUUGCAGGAAAAGAGACCAAGAGUGGUUUGAGAUUCCGCAAAGCAGUCGGUGUUUGGAUAUGGCCUACAAAGACAAGAAGCUUUACAUUCAUAGUCACGAUGGUAGCAUCAGAAUCUUGGACUUUUCUCUUGGAGACUUGCCAAGAGAAAUCUACAACCAUCCAUACGCCCAUCGACCUUUCAAUCCCGAGAUUGCUGCAGGUUUUAACAGAAUGAAACUAACCAUGUCUGGAGAUGUUCUGAUGGUCCAAACUUACCAUGUCUGGAGAGGCAUUGCCGACCAAAGAAUCUUGUUCCAAGUCUACAAGAUGGGUAGCACUAGAGAAUACUGGGACAAAGUGUGCUCUGGGAAGAAGAAUGAUGCGCUUUGGAUUGCAGGGCCGGGCAAUGCUGCGUACUGGGAGAGAGUGCAUUCUUUGGAGAACGAGGAAGCGUUGCUUUGGGAUUUGAGCGUCACUUUACCAACCAAAGGUGUAUCCGGAAUCAAGAAAGAUUCCAUAUACUUCUGUCACACUCCUAGUUCAUCAUCUAUUCGGGAUGUCGCUGCCUAUGAGAUUGCUACGCACAAGAUCUCUGCAUAUGAGAUUCCUCCUAAGCAGACGAUCGAACCUUUUCAACAUCGUGGCACUUUGAUUGGAGAGGGUCGUUGGUUCGUUCCUUGCUUUGGUGCUGGGGAAUAA